AUGGCGUCGUGGCGACAGGUCGGCGUCGGCGGCUCUCGACAAACGACGACGGCGGCAACGAUAGAUGGCGGUAGGGACGGCGUUGCGAGCGAGGAUCGUAGAGCACAGCCUCGCGGCAACGCGAAACGUAGAGCACGGCGUCGCGGCGAGAAACGCCGAGGAACACAGAGGCGAGGCGAGGCGAGCGAGGAGAGGAAAAAAUACCGCCUCGCCUCUGUGUUCCCCGCGACGCCGUGCUCUGCGAUCCUCUCUCGCGACGCACCUAACUUUUCCUCUCCUCGCUCGCCUCGCCUCGCCUCUGUGUCGCCUGCUUUGAAGAAGCAGCUCAUCAUCUCCACUGCACUCAUGGCUAUUGGCAUUGCCAUUGUUACUUGGGUGGCCCUCCCAUCAUCUUUCACUAUUUUCAACUUUGGUGAGCAAAAACAGGUUAAGAACUGGCAGUUGUUUUUCUGUGUGGCAAUUGGGUUAUGGACUGGCUUGGUGAUUGGAUUUGUCACUGAAUACUACACAAGCAACGCCUAUAGUCCGGUUCAAGAUGUUGCUGAUUCAUGUCGAACUGGAGCUGCCACCAAUGUUAUCUUUCGGCUUGCUCUCGGAUACAAAUCUAUCAUCAUUCCCAUUUUCGCAAUCGGCUUCAGUCUUGCUGCCAUGUAUGCUAUGGCUGUUGCUGCAUUAGGCAUGUUGAGCACUAUUGCUACUGGCCUAGCAAUUGAUGCUUAUGGACCCAUCAGUGAAAGUGCUGGAGGUAAUGUCGAGAUGGCUGGAAUGAGUCACAGAAUUCGGGAGAGGACUGAGAAUAAUAUCUACCAUUCCAUUAUCAGAUUCUCAAGAUUUGCUGAAGCAGAGCUUAAGCUUUUCCACUCACAACAUCGAUGACUGUCCACACUUGAU